GAGGCGAAACCGCGUCGCGCUGUGCAGGUCGCAAACGGCGGCUCCUGUGGAACUUGGGGGCGAUCUUCUCGGCGUUCCCCUCAGCUGAGCCCUCUCCUCAGGCCCAGAUGCUCUUCAACUCGGUGCUCCGCCAGCCGCAGCUUGGCGUCCUGAGGAACGGGUGGUCUUCACAUUACCCUCUACAAUCCCUUCUAAGUGGUUAUCAGUGCAACUGUAACGAUGAACACACAUCUUAUGGAGAAACAGGAGUCCCAGUUCCUCCUUUUGGAUGCACCUUCUGUACUGCUCCCAGUAUGGAGCAUAUAUUAGCAGUUGCUAAUGAAGAAGGCUUUGUCAGAUUAUAUAAUACAGAAUCACAAACUAGCAAAAAGACAUGCUUCAAGGAGUGGAUGGCUCACUGGAAUGCUGUCUUUGACUUGGCCUGGGUCCCUGGUGAAUUUAAACUUGUUACAGCAGCCGGUGACCAAACAGCCAAAUUUUGGGAUGUAAGAGCUGGUGAGCUAAUGGGAACAUGCAAAGGCCACCAGUGCAGCCUCAAGUCUGUAGCUUUUUCCAAGUUUCAAAAAGCUGUAUUCUGCACAGGUGGGAGAGAUGGCAACAUUAUGAUCUGGGACACCAGGUGUAACAAAAAAGAUGGAUUUUAUAGACAAGUGAAUCAAAUCAGUGGAGCUCACAAUGCUGCAGACAAGCAAACCCCUUCAAAGCCCAAGAAGAAACAAAAUUCAAAAGGACUUGCUCCUUCUGUGGAUUCCCAGCAGAGUGUUACUGUGGUCCUCUUUCAGGAUGAGAAUACAUUAGCCUCAGCAGGAGCCGUGGAUGGAAUAAUCAAAGUCUGGGAUUUACGCAAGAAUUACACUGCUUAUCGACAAGAACCCAUAGCAUCCAAGUCUUUCCUGUACCCAGGAACCAGCACUCGAAAACUAGGAUACUCGAGUUUGGUUUUAGACUCUACAGGCUCUACUUUAUUUGCUAACUGCACAGAUGACAACAUCUAUAUGUUCAAUAUGACUGGCUUAAAGACUUCUCCCGUGGCUGUCUUCAAUGGACACCAGAACUCUACCUUUUAUGUAAAAUCAAGUCUUAGUCCAGAUGACCAGUUUUUGAUCAGUGGUUCAAGUGACGAAGCUGCCUACAUUUGGAAGGUUUCCAUGCCCUGGCACCCUCCUACUGUGCUCCUGGGUCAUUCUCAAGAGGUCACGUCUGUGUGCUGGUGUCCAUCAGACUUCACCAAGAUUGCAACCUGCUCUGAUGAUAAUACACUAAAAAUCUGGCGCUUGAAUAGAGGCCUAGAGGAGAAACCAGGAGGUGAUAACCAUUCCAUAGUGGGUUGGACCUCUCAGAAGGAAAAAGAAGCGAAAGCCUGCCCAGUAACGGUACCAAGUAGCCAGAGUACUCCUGCCAAAGCUCCCAGAGCCAAGAGCAGUCCGUCCAUUUCCUCUCCUUUGUCAGCAGCUUGUACUCCAAGCUGUGCAGGAGACCUCCCUCUUCCUUCAAGUACCCCCACAUUCUCAGUCAAAACCACUCCUGCCAAGACCCGUUCCCCAGUCAGCCGAAGAGGCUCCAUCUCUUCUGUGUCUCCCAAGCCACUCUCAUCUUUCACGAUGUCGCUUAGAAACUGGGUGACCCGAACACCUUCCUCAUCACCACCUGUCACUCCACCUGCUUCUGAGACAAAGAUCUCAUCUCCAAGAAAAGCUCUUAUUCCUGUGAGCCAGAAGUCAUCAAAGGCAGAUGCUUGCUCUGAAUCUAGAAAUAGAGUGAAGAGGCGUCUCGACUCAAGCUGUCUGGAGAGUGUGAAACAAAAGUGUGUGAAGAGUUGCAACUGUGUCACUGAGCUUGACGGCCAAGUGGAGAGUCUUCAUUUGGAUCUGUGCUGCCUUUCCGGCACCCAGGAAGUCCUUAGCCAAGACUCCGAGGGUCCUACCAAAUCAAGCAAGAUUGAAGGUGCUGGCACAAACAUCUCAGAACCUCCUUCUCCUGUCAGUCCUUAUGCUUCUGAAGGCUGUGGACCACUGCCUCUUCCUUUGAGACCUUGUGGAGAAGAAUCUGAAAUGGUGGGCAAAGAGAAUAGUUCCCCAGAGAAUAAGAACUGGUUGUUGGCCAUAGCAGCCAAACGCAAGGCAGAAAAUUCAUCCCCAAGAAGUCCAUCAUCCCAGACACCCAGUUCCAGGAGACAAAGUGGAAAAACGUCACCAGGCCCGGUCACCAUUACUCCCAACUCCAUGAGGAAGAUAUGUACAUACUUUCGUAGAAAGACUCAUGAUGACUUCUGCAGUCCUGAACACUCAACUGAAUUAUAGAUGCUAAUCUGAAGUUCAUUGAACUUAGGUCUACAAAGUUCUUUGUUUUUUUGUUUUUGUUUUUAAAGGCUUUAAAAUUCUGGUCUUUAAGAAAAUGGUCAUCUUUUCAUUUUGGAAAAAGUCCUUGUACUCUAGCAGACCUAGUCAGGCCCUCUGUGCAUAGACACAGCUGCCUGAGGUGAGUGCUGUUUCCAGUUCCCAGGGAGGCUUGUCCUCUGUAGUCUACUCUAGCAGUCUGUGAUAAUCACAUCCAGCUCAUGGAUGCAGAAAUCAAGGAGUGCUUCUGUGGAGAGUGUCUGCUAGUCCAGCACAGGGCCCAUCUGUGAAGGCCAGUCUGAAGACAUCCUCUACAGAAGAUGCCUUAAGCAAACGUGAGCUUAUUUGAAAUAUAUAAUUUGUUCACUAUAUUUUUGUGUGUGUGUGUGUGUGUUUCUCAAACUGUAUAAAAAUGUGAUAUUCAUGUAGUAUAUUCAUAUUGUCUUCAUGUACAGUAUCUUGAGUUGAGGUCAUGAUUAUUUUAAAUGCAAUGAUCAAUGUCAACUCUUUGGAGAAUGUAGGAGAAAACAACAGAAAGCUGGGUUUUGAAAGCUGUGGAGGUCCUUUCUUUUCUUUUCUUUUUUUUUUUUUUUUUUUUU